AAACGUAAUUCGCUUUCUUGAUGCACCGGUAUAAAACCGCUCGAUGGGGAACUUUUUCAGUUAAUUGCCAAGUUCUUCCUUCUGUUCAGUUUCAAGUGCUUCACUGUUUGGAUUUAUUCAAGAUGAAAUUAUUGAUCGCAUUAUGCACAGUUUUCGCUUUGGUUCAAGCUUGGGCACCAUCAACUUUCGAAGAGUAUCUAAAUUAUCGCAAGGAGUGUUUCGUUUCCGAAAAUAUUUCCAAAGAUGACCAAGAUCUGCUUAAUAAGGGUCUGUAUCCUACCAAGCCAAGCUGCUACUAUCGCUGUAAUGGCCUUAAAACUGGAAUUUGGGACGAUGUAAAUGGUUACAGUGUCGACAGAGGCUACGAGCUGCUGACAGCGGAGGGAUGGGAAGUGACUAAGGAUAGCUUAAGGAAAUGCAAUACACCUGAUAAGAAGGAUGCUGAUCUAUGCAAAUGGUCCGCAGCUGUUGCAAAAUGCUUGUGGGGUAACGUCCUAAUCAAAAGAAAGGACGCUUGAUACUAAUAAUCGAUGGUAAAACAAGCAUUGGUGCUUUAGUGGAUAUUUGGGAGGUAUAGCUCCUCCUACCUUGGUGUUUUUUCUUAAUCCGUAUUAAAUAUUCAAAAUUCA